UUGAAACCGCUCAAACACUGCCAAUACGUGAAGAAUCCGUGGUUAAAGUUCAUCUUUACAACCAUACCACAGCAGUGUAGCCCGAACCUUGUGCUGUGCUCCUGCCAUUUCUUCUUCAACCUAAAUGCGUUCAAUGAGGGAUUCGCAAGCCGUUUUUUUGAAGGAUGGCCCAGUAUCCAGUUUAUUUGGACCAGUUUCUUCCUCCUCCAAAUUACAAUCUGUGCAGUGGACCCUAGUGUGGACGGGAGCUUACGGAGGGACCUUCCCCACGGACUAUAUGAAGGGAAGGGAGGGGAGGGGGAGGGGGGGCUGCUGACGUUACUCCCAGCUUGAAGAACACACAGAUCACUUCUAUGAUUGAUGAAGAUAUGUGAGUGAAUUUGCCAAACACUGAACAAAGAAAUCUACUGCAUCCUCCGAGAGAAGAACUUUAAUGGCUUCCAGGUAGAGAGAAAGAGGCAGCAGUCAAGAUGAACUCGAUUCCUUCGAUGGACAGGCACAUACAGCAGACCAAUGACAGGCUGCUGUGCAUCAAACAGCACUUACAGAAUCCAGCCAAUUUUCAGACGGCGGCCACAGAGCUGCUGGACUGGUGCGGAGACCCACGAGCCUUCCAGCGGCCCUUUGAGCAAAGCCUUAUGGGAUGCUUGACGGUCGUAAGCCGCGUGGCAGCGCAGCAGGGUUUCGACUUGGACCUCGGCUAUCGGCUCCUGGCCGUGUGCGCGGCAAACCGCGACAAGUUCACUCCAAAGUCGGCAGAAACCACCACCUGCAGGAGAUGUCAGAGUGACACAGCACUCCUGUCGUCCUGGUGCGAGGAGCUGGGGCGGCUACUCUUGUUGCGACAUCAGAAGAAUCGUCAGAGUGAUCCACAGGGCAAAGUACCCUUGCAGCCGCCCAUGAACUCUAUGAAGCCCUCGCUCUCACAUGGUGAUGGGUCCUUUCCAUAUGACAGCGUUCCCUGGCAACAAAACACUAACCAGGCCCCGGGCUCGCUGUCAGUGGUUACAACAGUGUGGGGAGUUACCAAUACGUCACAAAGUCAGGUAUUGGGUAACCCCAUGGCCAAUACCAACAAUCCCAUGAACCCUGGAGGCAAUGCACUAGGGUCGGGUAUGUCAGCCAACAACCCAGGGAUCAACUCACCUCAGUUCCCUGGCCAACAACAACAGUUUUCAUCCAAAGGGGGAUCUAACCAGGCCUACAUGCAGCAAAGCAUGUAUGGGCGUCCAGGGCACCCGGGAGGAGGCGGCUUUGGUGCAAGUUACCCGGGCGGGCCGAAUGCGCCAGGUGGCAUAGGAAUGCCCCCUCAUACACGACCACCUUCGGAUUUCACCCAACCUGCUGCCGCCGCCGCCGCCGCUGCUGUCGCUGCUGCGGCCGCCACGGCAACAGCCACUGCCACAGCAACCGUAGCUGCCCUGCAAGAGACCAACAAAGACAUGAACCAGUACAACCAGGUCUGCUCCUCUUUCCAGAUGGGGCCGACGCAAGGCUACAACAGCCAGUUCAUGAACCAGCCAGGGCCCCGCGGCCCCCCGUCCAUGGCAGGAGGCAUGAACCCAGCUGGUAUGGGUGGUGGCAUGAAUAGCUCCAACAUGAGUGGCCCUCCGAUGGGUAUGAACCAGCCCAGAGGCCCAGGGAUGGGACCAUUUGGUGGCCAUGGGCAAAGGAUGCCCCAACAGGGUUACCCUGGACCCAGACCUCAGUCUAUGCCCAUGCAGGGCACUAAGAGGCCUUAUCCAGGAGAGCCUAAUUAUGGAGGCCAGCAGUUUGGACCCAAUGGCCAGUUUCCCAACCAGCAAGGGCAGUACCCUAACCCAAAUGCUUCCAGAGCUCUUCCAUCACCCAAUUACCCUGGGCAGAGGAUGCCAGGACAACAGAGCUCUGGCCAGUACCCUCCAACAGGGGUAGCCAUGGGCCAAUACUAUAAGCAAGAGCCGUUUAAUGGUCAGAACACCAAUUUCUCUGGAGGUGGUUAUGGGUAUAAUCAAGGAAAUGGGCCUCCUCGGCAGGUGGUGAACUAUCCACACUCACCGGUUCCUGGGAACCCCACGCCACCCAUGACUCCAGGAAGUAGUAUCCCUCCAUACUUGUCGCCUAAUCAGGAUGUCAAGCCCCCGUUUCCUCCUGACAUGAAGCCAAGCAUGACAUCUCUGCCUCCGCCUCCAACCAACCCCAAUGAGGAGCUUCGCCUGACGUUCCCCGUGAGGGAUGGAGUGGUGCUGGAGCCCUUCAGAUUAGAGCACAACCUGGCCGUCAGUAACCACGUCUUCCAUCUGCGCCCCUCCGUCCACCAGACGCUCAUGUGGAGAUCUGAUCUGGAGCUGCAGUUUAAGUGCUAUCAUCACGAGGACCGACAAAUGAACACCAAUUGGCCCGCAUCCGUCCAAGUCAGCGUCAACGCCACCCCCCUCACUAUUGAGAGAGGCGACAAUAAGACAUCCCACAAACCCCUGCACCUAAAGCAUGUGUGUCAGCCAGGGAGAAACACCAUCCAGAUUACGGUCACAGCCUGCUGUUGUUCGCACUUGUUCGUGCUGCAGCUGGUCCACAGGCCGUCGGUGAGAUCUGUCCUGCAGGGGCUCCUGAAGAAGAGGCUCCUUCCUGCCGAACACUGCAUUACCAAAAUUAAAAGAAACUUCAGUAGUGUAGCAGCGUCCUCUGGGAAUGCCACACUAAAUGGAGAGGAUGGAGUAGAGCAGACAGCCAUCAAAGUGUCCCUGAAGUGUCCAAUCACAUUCCGACGGAUCCAGCUCCCUGCCAGGGGACAUGACUGUAAACAUGUGCAGUGCUUUGACUUGGAGUCCUAUCUGCAGCUGAACUGUGAGCGAGGAACGUGGAGAUGUCCUGUAUGCAAUAAAACAGCAUUAUUGGAAGGGCUAGAGGUGGAUCAGUACAUGUGGGGAAUUCUCAAUGCGAUUCAAAAUUCGGAGUUUGAAGAGGUCACCAUCGACCCUACGUGUAGUUGGAGGCCGGUGGCCAUAAAGUCAGACAUUCACAUAAAGGAGGACCCAGAUGGCCCUCUAGCCAAGCGUUUUAAAACCAUGAGUCCCAGUCAAAUGAUCAUGCCUAAUGUGAUGGAUAUGAUCGCCCAGCUGGGUCCCGGCCCUUCACCCUACACCCCCCUCCCCCCUCAGCAUGGAGGAAACAAUGGCGAAUAUGGGGGCCAAGGUAGAGGCAAUAGUUACCAGGGCCAUGGAAACUUUGACUUCUCCCACAGUAACUCUGGUGGCGGAGCUCCCAUGAAUGACUUCAUGCAUGGACCCCAGCUCUCACAUCCACCAGACGUGCCCAACAGCCUCAUGGCCCCUGACAAGCCUCUCGCCCACGGCAUGCCCGACUCGAUGCCCCAUCCCGUGAGCGCUGAUCAAUCCCAUGCUUCCAUGCAGCCAGGCAUGCACGCAUCCCCCCACCCCAACAGCCAAUCAGCUCAGCCAUUGCAUCACAGCGGCCCCCCAUCCUCCCAGCCCCCACGCCAGCCCCCGCCCCCACAGCAGCCAGGCCAAAACAGUCACCCACAUGCCGACAUGACCUUCAACCCUGCCGCUGAUGGGCAGGCAGGUGGCCAGGGACCUGCAGACAUGCCCGAGCCUUCUCUGGAUCUUCUGCCAGAACUGGCAAACCCAGAUGAGUUGCUGUCAUACUUAGACCCUCCAGACCUCCCAAGCAGCAGCAAUGACGAUCUGCUUUCCCUCUUUGAGAACAACUGACUUCCUUCAGUCGGCCUUUUGGAGAGGCCCUAAUUUGUUUGGCUGUCAGGAAUCAAGAGGCACCUGAAGACUGACUCUGUACUUUACAAACAGGAAACAGCCAUCCUUUUGCCUCUUCCUCGUGUAAAUAUCUCACUCUUUUACAAGCAACCUUUUCCACACAUAUAUGGCAGCCAUGUUGGUUGGCACUAAAGUGAUAUCUUUCAAUACUAAUGGAAAUACAUGUGCAGCUAUAAUCAGUUCAUAUGAAUACGUCACACAGAACUGUGUGUGUGCUCACUAGGAAAGUAUUGUAGCAUUUUUAAUUCAGAUUUUUUUCCUUUUGUGAAAAGAAGACCUGAAUAGAAAAAAAAAUAUAUAUAUAUAUUUCUUCCUGUACCGGCCUCUGUGUGUCCGCAAUCUCUUGAAGGUUUGUUCUUCCAAAGCUCUACCACCACGGCUUCCCAAAUCCUAGCCAGCUGGAUGUCCACACUGUUUGUUUGUCCAUCUCCCUCGAAAAAGCACAAGAGAAUGCGUCAAACUGCACCUGGAAGCCUGUAAAGGAGACAACAAAAGGGAAGAAAGCUUAUCUCGCAGUCACCAGAAUGAUCUAACCCUCCCAUCCCAGAGACUAACGAUGGGAGUUUUGCAAAAGUCCUCCAAACUCUCGCGCCACAGGACACAAGAAUGUGUUCUGUUCUGGUACACCAUGCAGCUUUGCACCUCAUUUUGUAAUGUGAUUCAUAUGUCCAGCACCUUCAGACAUAUGCAUCAUGUUCUAAACAAAUGCUUGAGGGCAUCACGGCAUGCAUUCUUUACCUAAUAGCAAACAUUUCAGCACUGUACCCACAUCAUUGUGCAUCUUCCUACAGACUGUUCCUCCUCCCGCAAAGUCCCGUGGAUUUUCCACGCUAGUGGUCACAGUGCAAGAAGAAAGCAAUUCACAUUUCAAAGGGUAGUCAGUCGUGUGUCAUCUGUCUUCUCUGUGAGUUCUCUUCAUGCAUGAGGCUUGGUCGUCUUAGGUCCUUGAUGUUUGUAGCCCUCUUCUGACAAACUGCAUACGAUGUUGAAACAUUCACUGUUGCCAAUCGCCCCUUAUUUUAGUGAUAGACUGAUUUAUUUUCUCUCCAGACAUUUUUUCUGUUCAGUUUUUAUUCAGCCUUUUAUUCAUGAACUGUCAUGUUAAAGUUUUAUUUUAUAAUGCACAAUAUAUUGUUCAUAUAAUUAUUAUUUUUUUUUUGCUGUUGUAAAAAUGUACAAAAAUAUGUACAUUCAACACAAGAUGUCCAUGGAAUACCAAAGUUAUGCACCCUGAUUUGAAAAGGUGGCCCAUUUUCAAAUUUUUACCCAUAGAAUUUGAUCUAAUGUGUAAUUUGUCCCACUUUUAUCAUUUUGUUUACAUGUAAAAUCAUAGUUAUUAUACAACAAACAAUGAAGAAAGUGUUUUUAGAAUAUGUUCUAUAUUUAUAGAUUUUACUUUUUAAUUCAGUUAUAUAAUUAAGCUAUAUAUUAUCUCAAUACCCAUAAAUGCAUUAGCCAGUGCAUAAAAUUAUUACAGCAACUGUACAUUUCAGUAAAACUUUUAUAACAGCAGCUCAGUGAAGGCUAACAAUGUCCAUGUAUACAAGAUGGAUUUUUAAAAUGAUUUUUUGUUGUUGUUGUUGUUGUUGUUUUUAAAUUAAAACAGCCCACUCAAAUAA